AUGCCCAACCUGCACGUCAAACCCAUCACAGAAGCCUACAUUGCCCGCUACUACUGCUUGAUAGAAGUCAUCAAGGCUGAGGCCAACAUAGAACCCUGUCUGCUGCCAGUAACUCGGAGCGAAUGGCUGUCGUGGGCCAACUGUGUUUGUUGGAUGCUCCAUGCUCUCUUCGAGUCCUACUGCAAGGCAAUCACCGACAACCCAAACACUGUCCCAUCGCCGUACUCCUUCAACGACGUCAUCAAAGUCAUGAUCUACAUCAACGAGGUCUUCCAGCGCCACAAGCUGCCUCACGACCCAGUGGGCACACUCUAUCUGACCAUUGCCUGGUCCGAGGAGUCCGUCCUGCAUCGACAGGCUCUUGACGAGCCUCUGGCUCCAGUCUCUUAUCAGCUCAACCCGCUGGCUUUGCCGGAGUAUUGUCGCUUGCCCGACACCUUCGAUCGCUUGGCUAACACUGUCCACCGCCUGAGUGAGGACCAGCAGGAGGUUCGUAGGACCCUCGGGUCGCUCUCUACGAGCAUCGCAGGACUGGGAGGGCGCGAUAGAGGUAUUAACUUCAGCGAGCCUGUUCGAGAUGUGGUCGGUAGUAGGGGAGGGUCCAGAGGUCGUGGUCAUAGCACCAGACACUACGUUGUAUGGGACUUUUGCUAG